GGCCGCGGCUGCGAGGCGCUCAGGGAGAGGCGCUGCCGCCAGCGCCGCCGCUGGGACCCGUUAGAGCGGAAGCGCCUCCGCCGCCGCCGCCGCCGCCUUCGCUGUCUCGGGGCCCCAGGUUCCCGGCAGGUGGGAGGCGGGAGCCAUGUCGAAGCGGCUCCGGAGCAGCGAAGUGUGCGCUGACUGCAGCGGGCCAGAUCCUUCCUGGGCAUCAGUAAAUAGGGGAACUUUUAUAUGUGACGAGUGCUGCAGUGUCCAUCGGAGUCUAGGGCGCCAUAUCUCUCAAGUAAGGCAUCUCAAACACACACCAUGGCCUCCAACAUUGCUUCAGAUGGUUGAAACCUUAUAUAAUAAUGGUGCUAAUUCUAUAUGGGAGCAUUCUUUGCUGGACCCUGCCUCUAUUUUGAGUGGAAGACGCAAAGCUAAUCCACAGGAUAAAGUACAUCCUAAUAAAGCAGAAUUCAUCAAAGCCAAGUAUCAGAUGUUAGCAUUUGUCCACCGCUUGCCCUGCCGGGACGACGAUAGCGUGACUGCCAAAGACCUCAGUAAGCAACUCCAUUCAAGCGUGAGAACAGGGAAUCUUGAAACCUGUUUGAGGCUGUUAUCUUUAGGAGCACAAGCCAACUUUUUUCAUCCUGAAAAAGGAAAUACCCCACUCCAUGUUGCCUCCAAAGCAGGGCAGAUUUUACAGGCGGAAUUAUUGGCAGUAUAUGGAGCAGACCCAGGCACACAGGAUUCUAGUGGGAAAACUCCUGUUGAUUAUGCAAGGCAAGGAGGGCACCAUGAGCUGGCAGAACGCCUUGUAGAAAUACAGUAUGAGCUGACUGACAGACUGGCCUUCUAUCUCUGUGGCAGGAAACCAGAUCACAAAAAUGGACAGCACUUUAUAAUACCUCAAAUGGCUGACAGCAGCCUGGAUUUGUCUGAAUUGGCAAAAGCUGCUAAGAAGAAACUUCAGUCUCUAAGUAAUCAUUUGUUUGAAGAACUUGCCAUGGAUGUGUACGAUGAAGUUGACAGGCGAGAGACUGAUGCAGUCUGGCUUGCCACGCAAAACCACAGCACCCUGGUGACCGAGACAACCGUUGUCCCCUUCCUUCCGGUCAAUCCUGAGUACUCAUCAACACGGAACCAGGGCAGACAGAAAUUGGCUCGGUUUAACGCCCACGAGUUUGCCACCCUGGUUAUCGACAUCCUCAGCGAUGCCAAGAGGAGGCAGCAGGGGAGUCCUCUGUCUGGUUCAAAAGACAAUGUGGAGCUCAUACUGAAAACAAUCAGUAACCAGCACAGUAUUGAGAGUCAGGACAAUGACCAGCCAGACUAUGACAGUGUGGCAUCAGAUGAAGAAACGGAUCUGGAAGCCACUGCAAGCAAGGCACACAGGCAGAAGAGCCUAGAUUCAGAUUUAUCAGAUGGACCAGUCACUGUGCAGGAAUUUAUGGAGGUCAAAAACGCCCUAGUGGCUUCUGAGGCCAAGAUACAACAGCUAAUGAAGGUGAAUAACAACUUGAGUGACGAGCUGAGAAUUAUGCAGAAAAAGCUUCAAACACUCCAGAGUGAAAAUUCGAACCUCAGGAAACAGGCCACAACCAAUAUAUAUCAGGUGCAAACGGGUUCUGAGUACACAGACACUUCCAACCACUCUUCCUUAAAGCGACGUCCGUCUGCCCGGGGCAGUAGGCCCAUGUCCAUGUACGAGACGGGAUCAGGUCAGAAACCAUAUCUCCCAAUGGGAGAAGUGAACCACCCCGAAGAGAGCAGGACGAGGCUCCAGCCCUUCCCCUCGCACAUCGGGAGGAGUGCGCUUGUGACCUCCUCUUCAUCUCUGCCUUCCUUCCCCUCCACACUUUCCUGGUCCAGGGACGAGAGUGCCCGAAGGGCAUCCAGGCUGGAGAAGCAGAACAGCACACCUGAAAGUGACUAUGACAACACUCCCAACGACAGGGACCUGGAUGACAUGGGGUCCAGCAGAAAGGGAAGGCAAAGGAGUAUGGUGUGGCACAGUGAUGGCUCUGGUCCAGACACAACAGAGCCCCCUGCAGCCCCGAGCCCCGUCCUCCCCAGCACCGAAGAUGUCAUCCGCAAGACUGAACAGAUUACCAAAAACAUACAGGAGCUCCUAAGAGCAGCCCAAGAGAAUAAGCAUGACAGUUAUAUUCCCUGCUCAGAGAGGAUACACGUAGCUGUUACAGAAAUGGCAGCAUUAUUCCCCAAAAAACCCAAGUCUGACAUGGUGAGGACUUCCCUCCGCUUACUGACAUCCAGUGCCUACCGACUCCAGUCGGAGUGCAAGAAGACCCUCCCGGGGGACCCAGGCCCGCCCACGGACAUUCAGCUGGUCACGCAGCAGGUCAUCCAGUGUGCGUACGACAUUGCCAAGGCCGCCAAACAGCUGGUCACCAUCACCACCAAAGAGAACAACAACUGAACUGCGGGGCUGGCCCUUCUGUUUUCUAGGCUUUUCCAAGUCCGGUUUCCAGUUUAGACAUGGAACUCUUCUGAUUUUUACAGAAACAAACAUUUAAUGACGUUUAAAACUUUUUAAAAGAAAACUCAGUAUUAUUUUUGCAUGUUUUCUAACAAAUUUUCAACUAUUAAUUUAACCCACUUGCCUUAUUUUGUGCCUGUUUGCCCGUUGACUUUCUGACAUUUUCUGUUGUGCUGUCCAUGACCAUCGUGUUGCUGAUCCUAGAUGUUCAAAAGUAUAGCUUCAUUGUUAAAAGUUGGUUAGAACUUUUCCUUGCCUUCAGGCUCCUUGCCUCUGGCUAAAACUAUAAGUGGGAAUUUUAGGGAAACAUUCUCUGGAGAGAGUUGGGUUAAAAAAAGGAAAAAAAAAAUCCAUAUCGUCUGUUCCCUAUCAAGCAUUGUGCAAUAAGCAGAUUUUCCAGCCUCUCCUGCAGAGACACUGUAACAGUCUCUUUUGGAAGCAGACAGGGCUUUGCUCCAUUUCUUUUAACUGUUCAUCACAUUAGGUGUUCUCUCAUCUGAUUUUUCUAUCCUGCUCUCCUGUCUCUCAUUUUUACUGUCAUCCAGAAGUCUCCACGGCAUCCAGCAAGCACUCACCCUCUGUGUCGGGUCCCUUGGCCGUGUUGUCACGCGUGAGCCAGCACUCGGCCUCACCCCAGGAAGCCAGACCUUUCAUUCCAGACAUGUGCCAAAGGGGAGCCUCAGUCCCACAGCAUAACUCAUUUUGUUCCACCCUGUACAGAUAGCACUGCCAUUACUGUGUGACACAAGACACGAUCUGCUCCAUGACAUUGUGGUGUACUUCUCAUCCCAGACUCAGUUGCUCCUAUAGCCACGGAAAGCCUUCUCCCACGGCCUGCUUCCAAUAUCUUGCCCCCUUUAAGGACUUCUCACAAGGUGAGAUGCCUACAAUAUGAACUCGUUUCUCCUCUGUUACCUCACUGGUACUUCACAAUCAGACCUCGCCUCUCAAGAGUUCUUUAGAGACUGCUCUAGCAGACUACCACCUAUCCCAAAGCCACAAAAAAGUGCAGGUCUAAGUUCUGGAACAUGCUGGGGUUGUCUUUUUAAGUGACUGAGAAGAGCUAUCUUGUUCUGAAAGCUAAAGCAUAUUUCUUCCUUGCUCGUAGUAGUUUCGUGUGGGUGUGGACCAGAGGGGCCAGGCGGUAGUGACAGAUGAGUGCAUCGAGCCAGGUCAGGGGGUGGGGGAGGGGAGGGGAGCCUGCGGCACAUCUGUGGGGACAGCAGCUGCCCGACUCCACUCAGGCUGCUGUGUGAAGGGCCUGGGGUCGCCAGUGCUUUGAUUUGUCAGGAGACAUCAGCUAUUUUUUGCACCGUCCCCCCACUUAUAAAUGAGACUAAUCUAAACCUUUCCACAGCACACGUGUGGGUGUGUUGUGGCCUCUAGUGCCCCAGCUCGGUUCUGCCCCAGGACCCCAUAAACUAUAUUAUGUGAGGGUCUGGCUUCCCUGGGAUUAGCUGGGUUGGCCUCUGAGCCUUACCUGUAAUGUGGCCGCCCUCCCCAGGUUAAGUUUCUGGUAGGCCUUGUUUCACUGGUAUAUUCUGUUCCAGAGUGUUCAUUCACACAGGUGAAAAAGUCAAAAUAAUGAAAGUUGCCUAAAAACAUGCCAAUUAGCCUGUAUUUUCCCAGAACUGUUUGAUUCACACAUACUUUGUAGCACAACCAAAGGCUGUCGGGAGAAGAGCACCGCCAUGGUGUCUGGUUUACUGGUCACUGUGCGUGGCUGCUUCCGCCAGGUUCUGCUGCACUGAGUGGUGUGGGGAAAGGGUCCACAUCUCCAGGACUCGUCUGCACAAACCUAAGUGCCCCGCUCUUAUUGGAUGCCAAGGGGACACCUCCUCAAUGGACAUCUUCUCCCUUAAGUUCGAGCACCGCGCCAGGACUUUUCUGCAUGCUGCAUGUGUGAGCUGUCCCUCGUUCCUGCAGACACCUGCUCCCCUGCCUCACCUGCUCCAGCUCCUCAAGAAGGGCCAGGGCAGCCUCCCGGGCAGGAUGGGCCUCUGGAUAAUGAGUCACCUGUGCUGGGAGAAGCGGUGUCUUCCCUUGAAAGCUUGGGACCUGCAGUGGAGGACAUUGUUUUGUGCCCCUAGGGAAGGUCAGGGAACGUGGGGACCAACAAAGCAUCUCCAGCUGUGAGAAACCACAGAAGUCCGCUCUGUUAACCCACAGUGCCAAAGCUUGGGAAAGACGUUCCCAGGUGGAGGGACAUGCGGCGACAGGCGGGCUGAAGGUCGUCCUUCUCAUCGAGUGCCCCGUGAGUUCCCUUGGCCCCAGAGGCCAGGGUCAGAGGCCCCCAGGUCCCAUCAGCAAAUCGCACCUUGUCUGAACAGUUGUUCACCACCUUUUUGCACAUGGGUUCCACAGCCUUGCACUAGUGUCCGAGUUCUGUAAUGUCUUUUUUUGACCCUGUGUUCUCAAAUGCCCCGCGAAGCCAAGAGGGCGGGGGUGCACUUUAGGAAACCGGCACUUGCCAGGAGGAAGACAGUCCCACCCCUGAGCUCCUUGAACCCCAGUCAUCUCCUGCCUCGGAAUGCAAAUAGUUCUUAUUUGCCAAAGAACAAUGAAUUGGGCCCAAAGAGCAAGUAUAGCAUUUCACCCUUUGGAACUGUAAACGCACAACUCAGGAGCUGUCCUCCGAUUCCUCGAGCAACUUAAGCUGCAGAGCCGAGAGUGAGACUGGUGUGGGUCUGUCCUCCACAGCCCUGAGCUCCCCAAGCAGAGUUUUUGUUCUUUCCUUGUCCCGGUUGAAGAUCACCUUGGUUUUACAGAAGAAAAUGCUGCAUAGGAAAAAUGAAAUGCCUUUUAUUCAGAUGUGUUUUAUCCAUGUCACCCACUAUCCUGUACUUAUUUUUCAUGUAUGUUGUACAUUCUAUUCCUGUAAUUAUUGUACAACCCUUUAAGCGUUGUAAAAUCAUUUUGGAAAUUGUGCCUGCUAGUUAUGCAAUAAACAGGCUCUAUAAGUGUC